GUGAGGGGGGAGGAGUGCGGCUGCGGGACCGAGGAAGCGGCGGGAAGAUGGCGAAGGUGGAGCUGCAGUUCGCGGUCAGCGGCGGCGACUCGGAACCUCAGGGUCGGCCCGUCCUCAUCGUGGGCCAACUGCCCCACCUGCAGAAAGCCCCCUGGGCGCAGCUCGUCCGCAAGCUGCAGCCCAAGGUCUCCGAGGAGAACUGGCAGACUGCGUUGAGCACACUGAACCCCAACCCCACGGACAGCUGCCCCCUUUACCUGUCGUACGCUACGGUGGCUGCCCUUCCUACUCGUCUGAGUCGUCACAAUACCCCAUCGGCAGCGCAAUUCCUCACGCGCUUGGUUCGAAGCUGCCUUCCCGGAGGAACCAACCGCUGCAUCGUGAUGGUCUGUGAGUAUUCUGAGGUAUUUGCUUCGGCUUGUGCGAUUGCAAGGGCGAUUCCCCUGUUUACCCGCAGAUCCAGCGCCUCCAGGCGCACAGAAAAGCGUGUCGUCACGGUGGAAUUCCUGCUGGUGGGACACAGCAACGGCCUGCUGGAGGAGGCAACUCUCCAGUGUCUGGAGAGUGCCGCUGACGGAAUCCGGCUUGCUGCCCGAAUUGUGGACACACCCUGCAACGAAAUGAACACCGAUCACUUCCUAGAGGAGAUCAAAAUCGUUGGGAACUUACUGGAAAUUAUCCCCACCAUUAUACGGGGUGAACAACUGAAGGAGAAAGGAUUCGGAGGGAUCUAUGGUGUUGGCAAGGCAGCAGUAAAUCCACCUGCUCUAGCUAUUCUCAGUCACACACCAGAAGGUGCGACACAGACCAUAGCCUGGGUUGGCAAAGGCAUUGUGUAUGAUACUGGAGGCCUGAGCAUUAAAGGAAAGACCUCCAUGCCGGGAAUGAAGAGAGAUUGUGGAGGAGCAGCAGCAGUUCUCGGAGCAUUUAAAGCAGCCGUCAAGCAGGGGUUUAAGGACAAUCUGCACGCUAUUUUCUGUCUCGCUGAGAAUUCUGUGGGACCCGAAGCAACCAGACCCGACGACAUUCAUCAGCUGUAUUCUGGGAAAACCGUUGAGAUUAAUAACACUGACGCUGAGGGCCGGCUGGUGUUGGCAGAUGGUGUAGCUUAUGCAAGCAAGGAUCUGGGAGCAGAUAUCAUUCUCGAUAUGGCCACACUCACAGGAGCCCAGGGUAUAUCUACCGGCAAAUAUCAUGCUGCAAUUCUGUGCAACACUGAAGACUGGGAGGUUGCCUCGGUUAAGGCAGGGAAGAACAGUGGGGAUCUUGUCCAUCCUCUUGUCUAUUGUCCUGAGCUCCACUUCAGUGAAUUCACCUCCGCUGUGGCUGAUAUGAAGAACUCUGUUGCCGAUCGUGACAACGCUCAGAGUUCCUGCGCUGGUCUCUUCAUCGGUGCUCACAUUGGCUUUGAGUGGCCUGGAAUUUGGGUCCACGUGGAUAUUGCCUCUCCUGUGCACACAGGAGAGCGAGCGACUGGUUUCGGAGUUGCCUUCCUGCUGGCUCUGUUUGGCCGCGCCUCCAAAGAUCCCAUGCUGCACCUGGUGUCCCCGCUGGGAGUGGACUCUCACUGCGAGGGCAAAGGGGGAAGCGGCAAUUUGUUUAAGAGGCGACGACUGGUGUGAAGAGCGGAGGGUGUGCACGUGUUCUGAUCACUGAGCUAAUAAUCAAUCCAUCAGAAAUUGAACAGUUCAGGUAGAAUUGCUCCUGGUUUUGGUGCGUUUCCCUCUUUCCUAUAGUCACCCGAGCGGUGAGGCUUGCUCAUGGGGAGGUCACCACUUGUCAGUGUGUGAGGCGGGAUCUGAAAGCCUCGUCUCUAAAUGCGAUCCAACGAAGAUUACAAUUAAGAUAAAGUUGACUUUUCAGAUAUUAAUCGUUGUGCCAUCUCUUUCUGUCCUAUUGACACUUACAUUUGCCUAUCUAAAUUUAUUUGUGUGACUACUAAAAUAGGUGAGAACUCUACUAAAAUUGGGUGUGAUGCAGUGGCUGAGUGGGGGAAGGAUUGGACGGCACCUGUCGAUUUGAAUGUAUCCCAGAUUGAUGUCAUGAAAAGCUCCUUUCUAUUUUGGAGGAAACUUUCCACGAGCAAUACAGUGCCGUUUUACAUCAUUCGGUCUGUCCGUCCCUCAUGAGAGAUUGUUGUUGAAAGCAGAACCUUGUGUAAAAGGUUACGUUAUGUUCUGUUCAUACUUGGUCACUCAGUGUCAGAAUUGCAGACACUUUCUGGUGUCUCUUAUCACUACCCAAACACACCUGCCAAGAUCUCUGCCCCCAAAACCUCUCGGAAGUGGCUUCACCGAGAAUGCUGCUCCAAACCGUUCAGCUGCAUGUUUGUAUUGAACAGAUCGGAGUUGAUGAUUAUGUAAUGACUUUAAUAAAUCAUUUUUCACAGUU